ACUCGACUCCAUAGUUAAGCAAACAAAUGAGACAGCCUUUCUACACACUCUACCCGCUUGUGCUGCUGCUGUUGUGCCCGUGUCUAAUCCUCAGCCAGGGCCAUUUGCGUAUUAUCAAUGGUUCGGCUGCGAGGCCCAAGCAACUGCCCUACCAGGUGGCACUGCAUGCCUACUUCGGCAACUCCGGCGAUGAGCCCAGUUUGUGUGGCGGCACGAUUCUAACGAAGCGCUGGAUACUGACCGCAGCGCAUUGCCUGCAGGAGCCGGACACAAAUUUGCUCAAAGUGAUUGUCACCGCGGGCGCUCUAAACAAGACAAGGAAAGACGAGCCCGGCCACAUGGAGCUGUUGGUCAGACGAAAGGACACAAUUGUGCAUCCUCUAUACGAUCGUCACACGGUGGCCAACGAUAUUGCACUCAUUCGUCUGCCCAAGGAUCUAAAACUGGGCGCCUAUGCACAACCCGCCAGGCUGCCCAGGGGCAAGAAUAAAUUCAAUCUGAACGGUCGCUCGGCCAUCAGCUCCGGCUGGGGCCUGACGGCCAAGCAGCGACCCACCGACAUAUUGCAGUAUUUGAAUGUGAAGAUCAUUCCCAAUAAGCUGUGCGAGCGUCUGUGGAACAAACAGCUGAAUGGCGAACGCAAGCUCAUACUGGACUCGUUUCUGUGCAUUGAUUCCAAGGGCGGACUGCCCUGUCGCGGCGACUCGGGCGGCCCCUUGGUCCUGAACGAUGGCACCCAGACUGUCGUUGGCGUCGUAUCACACGGUUACGAUGACAAGUGCCAGCUGCGAUUGCCGGAUAUAUUUACACGCGUCGCCUCGUUUAACGAUUGGAUUGAGCAGCACACGGGUCGCCUGAGCAAGGCUUAGCUUUAACUAGAUUCAAUUUGCUCAGCUAUUGGAGCUGCAACUUUUUAACUCCUCGUGGGCAUAUUGUUUAUACAGAAAAGGAAAUUUUUGGAUAAGGACUUUAGAAUUCUGCUUGUUUGGGCACAUUCAAUUGGAUAAUUAAGUUUCAAUGCAGUGCAUAUUAUAAUUUAAUCCAAUAUCCACUAUCCCUUUAAUAUAUUUAUAUUCAAAAGCCGAGUGGAUUUAGCCAAAGCCAUAAACCAGAAUCAGACAGCUCAUUUAACAUAGCUGCUUUUAGUCGAAAAUUAAGUUGUACGAAAAGCAUUACUGAAUUUCAAUAUGUCUUGACCAAAGUGGACAUUUGUGAACUCUAGAAUGUGUCAAAAUCUUAUCAAGAAAGAAUCGUUUAAAAAAUAACUUGUUCUAUAAAAGGAUUGUCGAUUUGCCAACAUAUCUUCACAAAAGCGAGGGUGGCCGCUCUUUCUUGUUUCAUUUCGAGCUGGAAAGACUCUGGCGAGGCAAGAUUUCAUUAUAUAGGGUAAACCUAGUUAUGGAAUUGGAUAUUAAGGCAUGACAUUGGUGCAAAUGCUGCCUCAUCCGAGUCGAGUACCCUCUGCUCAGCCCAAACCCAGUCCAUUUUAGGCUAUAUAAAUAUUAAACACAAAACUGAUUUUCUUUUCAAA